CUCGUGUUCUUGAAGGCAGUGCUUGAGUUAAACAGCUGUCUUAUGCAGUCUGUCUGUUUGGGUGUUCACAGAUAAAGUGUAUUUAUGUCUGAAGUUAUCUCAUGAGAUAGUUUGUGUCUUCUUCUUCUUCUUUUAGAUCCGCCUAACUUCGUCAGAGUUUCUUGUCGUGUGCCGAAUCAUAUGAAAAUCUACUGCUCCUGGGUACAAACUAAGACAACACACCUGCCCACGUUAUACAGAACCUCCUACAGUGUUAAUAAAGGCAGAGAGGUGGAGCCCUGCGAGCAGGAGCACAUUGGGACGAAUGAGUGUAUGAUUUCUAACCCACCGUUCUGGACCUCAAAGUUCCUGGUGAACAUCACCGAAAUCAACCCUCUGGGAUCCAACUCCACCAUCAUCCAGAUAGAUGCUCAUGAACUCUUGAAGCCGUAUCCUCCCGAGGACUUCCGAGUUCUUCAGGUGGAAGGUCAGCCCACUCAGUUACUGGUGCAGUGGAGUUGUCCUUCAUCCUGGCCGGCUGAAAUCCUGUCUGCUUUUCCCUUAACCUUCUCACUGCGCUACCGGCCGAUCGGCUCCAGCUACUGGUCGACA